UUUAAACCCGAAAUAGAAAAUCCAUUUCUAAUUCUGCAAAACCGAGCACACACACAAUCUUUGAUUCGAUUCGACUAGUGUGGUGUUAAAAAGUUGGAAACUUUUGUAACUUUUACAGAAUGGGUUUGUCGCUGCGAUUGUGGUUUGCGAGAGUACUCGUGCUUUCACAGCUCAUCCAUGGAGCUUUGUGUUGGGGAAAAGAAGGUCACUACGCCGUCUGCAAAAUAGCCGAGAGCUACUUUGAGGAAGAGACUAUAGCUGCAGUGAAGAAACUUCUACCUGAAUCCGCUGAAGGAGAAUUAGCAUCUGUUUGCUCAUGGCCUGAUGAAAUUAAACACCAUUGGCAAUGGCGAUGGACUAGCCCUUUACACUAUGUUGACACACCUGAUUACAGAUGCAACUACGAGUAUUGUCGUCAGUUUAUUCUUCCCCUUUCAAAUUCUUACCUUUUCUCUCUCUCCAUAUAUACAUAUAUCCCAAUUCCAAUCUAUAUGUUCGGUCUUUGUGAAGGGGAUUGCCACGACACUCAUAAGCAUCAAGACCGGUGUGUGACAGGAGCCAUUUUCAAUUACACUAUGCAACUUAUGUCGGCUUCUGCAAAUUCGCAGAGUAUAGCCCACUACAACUUGACAGAGGCUCUCAUGUUCUUAUCACAUUAUAUCGGAGAUGUUCAUCAGCCCUUGCAUGUUGGUUUCCUGGGAGAUGAAGGUGGAAACACGAUAACAGUCCGCUGGUACCGUCGCAAAACAAAUUUGCACCAUGUCUGGGAUAACAUGAUAAUUGAGUCGGCUCUUAAAACAUACUACAAUAAAAGUCUUCCACUCAUGAUUCAAGCAAUUCAAACCAAUCUUACGCACGGUUGGUCUAAUGAUGUUCCGACGUGGGAGUCAUGUCAACUUAACCAAACGGCGUGUCCAAAUCCGUAUGCAUCUGAAAGCAUAAAUCUGGCCUGCAAGUAUGCUUACAGGAAUGCUACCCCAGGGACUACGUUAGGAGAUGAUUAUUUCCUCUCUCGAUUACCCGUUGUAGAGAAGAGACUUGCACAAGGUGGUAUUCGCUUGGCGGCCACUCUUAACCGUAUCUUUUCUGCAAAACCAAAGCUUGCUGGAGCAUGAAACUAAGAAAAAUAUCCCCGAGAGCCAUAUGCAGUCACUCUAUUAGCUCCUUAGCUUAUGUAAUGCUAAUUAACUUUAUGCGAUGCUAUUGCUCCUUGAUUUAUAUAAUCCAUCCUUAAGUG